AAAAACCCUUCUCAAAAUUGAAAUGUCCACCACCAGAAUCCCUCGCCCCUCCUCUCUCACCAUCAGAAACCUCUCCGACAAAAACCCAACAAAACCCCACCAACAAAAACAAAACCCUCCGCCGAUCAUCAACGCCCUCGUCUCCUUCAUCCACUCCCCUCCCCAUCUCUCCCAAGUCCUCGCCCAGUUCCUCACCUCCGGCCACCAUCACGAUCCAUUCCUCGCCGGGCAUUUCAUCAAACACCUCGCCUUCUCUCUGCCCUCCCCUCGCCUCGCUGCCUCCCUCUUCUCUCUCCUCCCAAACCCCGAUGCAUUCAUCUCCAACACCGUCAUCAAGUCCUUCCUCCUCAAUUCCCAGCCUGAAGAGGCUCUCGCCUUCUAUCGCGACUCCGUCGCUAACUCCUCCAUAUCUCCCAGCAAUUUCACGUUCCCUCUGCUUGCCAAGCUGUUCUCUCACCUGGGUCUUGCUCCAAACGGGAUGCUGCUACAUGCCCAGAUCGUGAAGCUGGGGUUUGAAGAGGAUUUGUAUGUUCGGAACUCGGCGAUUCAUAUGUACGCUUGCUUUGGCCAUCUGGGCAGCGCUUGGAGGUUGUUUGAGGGUUUCGUUGAGGAGGCUGAUCUUGUUACUUGGAACUCGAUGAUCGACGGGUGCGUCAAGAAUGGGAUGGUGGAGGCUGCGCGGGAGCUGUUCGACGAAAUGCGUGACAAGGAUUUGGUUUCUUGGAACAUUAUGAUAGCGGGCUAUGCGAGUGUGGGAAUGAUGGAGAAGGCGAGGGAGCUGUUUUCUAUUAUGCCAAAGUGGGACGUGGUUACGUGGAAUUCGAUGAUUGAUGGGUAUGCGAGGGAUGCUAAUGUCGCACUUGCUCGUGGGUUUUUCGACGCGAUGCCUAAGAAGAGCUUGGUUUCUUGGAACGUAAUGUUAGCUUUGUAUGCGAGGGUGAAGGGUUAUAAGGAGUGUUGCAAGUUGUUUGAUUCGAUGAUCGCAGCUGGGGUGGUGAGGCCGAAUGGGGCUACAUUCGUCAGCGUGCUCACUGCCUGUGCGAAAUUAGGGGACCUUGAGAGAGGUAAAUGGAUACAUUCUUUGGUCAAGAGAAUAAAAGGGUCAGAUGUGCUACUCUUGACCUCGCUUUUGAAUAUGUACGCUAAGUGCGGGGCGAUGGAUGAUGCAAAGGAGGUGUUCGAUCAAAUGUCUGAUAGAAAUGUAGUGACAUGGAAUUCGAUGAUUAUGGGUUACGGGUUGCAUGGGCUUAGCGAGAAGGCGAUCAAAUUGUUCUUCGAGAUGGAGAGGAGUGGAAUACAACCCGACGACAAGACAUUCACGUGCAUCUUGAGCGCUUGCGCACACGGGGGACUAGUGGUGGAAGGGUGGUGGUUCUUUGAGCAAAUGGUUAGGGUUUACGAUCUACAGCCAAAGGUUGACCAUGUCGGUUGUAUGGUCGACCUCCUAGGGCGAGCUGGCUUGUUGAACGACUCCGAGGAGUUAGCGAAGCAAGUGAAAGGCAAGCCAUCCAAGGCUUUGUGGGGGGCUCUAAUGUCGGCAUCUAAGACUCAUUGUAACUGGAACCUAGGUGAGAUUCUAGGGAGAAAGAUGAUAGAGACGGAGCCUAGAGACGUAGGGCCUUAUGUGUUGCUAUCGAAUAUUUAUGCGUCAGAAGGGAGGUGGGAUGAGGCUGAGCAGGUGAGGGAGGUGAUGAGGGAAAAUGGGGUGAAAAAGGAUGUAGGAGUUAGCUUGGUUGAUGGGAGGGGUUUAGGGUUUGAUGAUCACAAGAGUUCUGUUGGAAAAAAGAGGAUAGUGGACUCUAUGUUGAGUGAAAUGGGUGCUCAUUUGAAGAUGUCAUAUGGAGGAGAGCUUGGAGGGAGAGAAAGAAGCCUACAACGUGUAUCUAGGUUUUGAGGCAUUUGUAUCACUUGUAAAAUUACGUUUUUCUUUCAACAUUAGUAAGAACAAAUAGAUGAAUGCAAAUAAUCAAACUGUAUAUGUUGAUGGCACGCGAUGGUGGUGAGGCAAUUGCGGUUGGAACUUUCUUCAUCGUCGGUGUAAAUUUGGCAAACGGUAAACUUUGAAGUUCCGUGUUC